GUGGAAAACACGUGCGGAGCGAUUUUAAAUAACCCAGCAGCUGGAUUUUAAAUGAAGCUUUGUCAUUUAGCUGCAUUUGUUUGGACGAAGUAUUUUGAAAAGUAAACAACAGAAUAGUUUUAACAUAUCUUAUUAUAAAUUCCUCUCUUAAAUUUCACUUUAUUUCGCCGUCAGUUAAAGCGGUCCAGGUUCUGUACUGAGGUGAGAGUUCGUCAUUCGGCAGUCACGUUUCGUCCGUGACCGAUAUUUCAUCGCUCUAUUUGUGUUUCGUCCUGAGAGUUGAAAUAACGAUUGUUUGGUAUGGCGUGAAACACAUAUGCCGCUAUAGUUUUUGUUUGCUUGAAUUAAAGAUUUACCGAACGCUUGGGAACCGUUUGGAGGAACAUUUCCAUUGAUUUGAUGCCGUCUUAUCGCGUAUCGCGAUCUGUCCAACAGAUGCUGGGAAAACAAGAAGAGCCAAAGAGAGGACGUUAAAAGAAAUAAACAGACAGCAGAUUCAGAAGGGGAAAACGCCGUGAGUAUUCUUUAGCAUUGUUUGAAAUUGAUUCAUGUUAUUGUGAGAAGAACCGUCGAUUUGACACGUGCUUUUUCGCCAAUGUGUUACGUAAUUUAAAUAUUUAUAUUUCACCUUCCAUUAGUGUCGUUUCCCAUAUGGUCUAGUGGUUAGGAUCCGGCGCUCUCACCGCCGUGGCCCGGGUUCGAUUCCCGGUGUGGGAAGGUGAAUCUUUUUCCUUUUUGUUUUUUUGUUUUUUCUUUUUUUAAUGUACUACUGCAUUCUUAUUAACUUCAACAUUCAACCUUUUUACUUUUUUUUUUACAUCGUGACAAUAUAUGUUUUUUAAUAAAUAUAUACUGUUUGCAUGAGAUUUGUAUCGGACUUUCGAUCAUUUUUCUUUUUGUAUAAUAAAAGUGCUGUUCAAGAUAACAAGUGGACAAAAUGCCCCUAUAAAAUCAUUGUUGUGAUUAACAAAGUUAAAUCUCUUAUAAUCGUAUAGUAGAAAGGCAUUAGCAUGGACGAUGAGUUGAAUCGUGGACGAGUUAAAAUAGCCUAAAUUACCCUAGUUCCAGAGCUCCGUUCUCGAAAUAACUAGAAAUUAGGAAAGAAAAAGAGAAAAAAGGAAACCUCUGGCAUCCAGGGUAGAGUGAAGUUGGUAGUUGUUUACCAUUUACAAAUAGUUUCCGGAAAAUCCGAUGGAAAAGUAAAUGGAACACGACUUUACGACUUUUUGGAUCGUUCCAACUAGUUUCAGUCUUUCACGGCCGAUCCUCCUUUGUCGCAGGAAACUGAUUCGAAUUUAGCAGUCCUGAAUUUUGAGUAUAUUUGUCCAAACCGUGGACUGACCUGUUUGCCCAUGUACACACAGGUAGCCCAAGCUCGAAAUAUGAGCAUCGGCGAGCAUCGGCAUUGUUACAUAACAUUCAAAAUACAAGGAUUUGUAUGGGAAAAAAACCUAUCGUUUCUCUAACCCACGAAAAUGAAAGGAUUUCAAUAAAAACAGCUUACCUUACUUAAAAUGUGUGUUACGUCCCUCCUGUGUGGUCCACGGGCCGAUUUAUGGCCGUUUUAUUAGUUUUUAUGGUAAACCUUUAUAUAGAAAGUAAACCGUUUACAUAAAAACCCAUAAAACGGCCAUAAAUCUGCCCGUGGACCCCACAGGAGAGACGUAACACACAUUUUAAGUAAGGUAAGCUGUUUUUUAUUGAAAUCCUUUCAUUUUCGUAGGUUAGAGAAACGAGAGGUUUUUUUCCCAUACAAAUCCUUGUAUUUGAAUGUUACGUAACAAUGCCGAUGCUCUCCGAUGCUCAUAUUUCGAGCUUGGGCUACCCGUGAUGUACAUGGUAAACAACCGAUGAUUAUCAAGGUAGUAAAUAAAACAGAACUGGCGUCGGACAGAAACAAAAAUAUGAGCAUCACGCGAUAAACGCGCAAACCCAUGACAUCCACUUGCACGUAUACUACAUUCAUAAUGAUAUCAGUUGCAAUGGCAUGCAUCCCUCAAGAUGCUGAUGACGAAGUUCAGUUUAAGCUCGUCAAUGAGAUGAAGAAGGUAUAAAAAUAUACACAUUUCACUAGCGAAUGAUAAAGUAAAGAAAAACAAUGACAAAAAGUGAGGUAAGGGACGGACCAUUAGAAAAGUUAUGAGAGGUGGGGGGGCAAGUACAAAAAAAAAUAUUCGCGCAAGGGAAAAUUAAAUGAAAAAAAUUCUUGCACGCCAAUUAAUCCUAAAAAAUAUUCAUGCUAUGGCCUAAAAAAUAUUCAUACAAGGAAUUUAAUAAGGAAAAAAAAUUCCUGCGGCUCGAAAAUUCGCCCCCCCACCAUAACUUUUCUAAUGGUCCGUCCCUAAAGGAGUUAGGUUUUGAGCCACCAGGCGUUCGGAGUACCGCGUAGCUGGCGGUGUUGUUGUUCCCGGGGAUCUUUUGACUUGCUCCAAAUCUUCACGCAGCUCCGCCGCCGAAAAAACUACAGGAAUCGCCUGCUAAUCCCACCAGCUACGCAGGCUAAGUAAAAUGUCUCUGUCUUUUUCCCUCGCAUACAGGCGUGAGGGAUUAUGGAAGUAAAAGACGUCUAACAGAAGGCUAGCACAUGACCAGACUAAUCGUUGUCCCGGGAAGGGUUUGCGAUUGGUUUAGUUUGGAUUUUAUCUCCGGGAAUUAAUUUUUGCAAUUCCAAGCAAGUGCAAUCAAGAUUAUUGCCCCCGCACGGAUUUCGCCCAGAGGCGAAAUCCCGAGGAGGCACCCUAGUAACUCGCGCGUAUAUUAAGGACAGUACUUUAAGUUCAAAUAUACAGUCAGUAUACUAGAAAAAAUCUCGAUUUGCUCGAACUGGGACCGCGAGGAAUCGGUAGGUAAUGAUGACGUUUCUAUUGUUUGCGCCCGCAAUUCGAAAUGGUUAGGAUGACGUAAAGACAGAAAAUCCCGAAGGGACCGCUCAGGUAGAUUUUGUGACAUUUAUUGUGCAGUCAUACUUCGAUACUCUUUUGCGUUACGCAGUGACAUUCUGUGGAGCAGUUGUUUUGAAAGUUAUGGACCAAAAGACACUCGUUAAGCGCAGGGGAGGUUAUAAGGUGCGUUUAACUGUGUAUACAUCCCGGUAUACAUAAACACUUGGAGAGUUUGCCAGACACGAGUUCACAAAUCUUUGAUUUAUAUUGGAAACCUUGCCAGACACUCUUUCUCUUUCUUUGACCAGAAUGAGACUCAGCCCCAAACAAGCAAGACGAGUGAACAACGGCUAGCUUAUCACUAGCAUAUUGAUGGACAUUUACAGAAAUUCGCCGACAAUCAAAUUUUGUGCUGACUUAUUCCCUGCUCACAGAUGUCCUUCCGUUAUAAAGUUUCAAAUAGGACUAGAAUGCGCUAGCGUGAAAAUCAAACGUCCUUUUUAUUUCUAAGGUUUACUUUCCGGCAAUUAAAAUGAACUGAAUGUAAAAAGGGAAAGAGAAAUAGCGAACAAUUCAACUUCUAAUUAAAUUUUUCUUAUGGUUUAGAAUAAACUAUUCUCGAAACUGAGAAUGUUUUAAUCAAAGCUGUGUAAGUCGAGCUGAAACUGUGCAUGGAACCUUGCGUUUCCUGUAUUUAUUAUAUUCCUCUAUUGUAUGGAAUAUGUGUGAAAAUCUUCAUUAUGAAUCGGUAUAUUUCAAAGAGCUACACAACCAGCAAGAAUACUAUUGACCGACAAUAUACAGAACGGGGGCAGCUGUAGUGUCAACUAUUACUAGUUAUAUAACCCUGAUAGAUGAAGACGUCGUUCUAAUAAGUAGUUCUGUAUUACUCUUACAAAGGGUCUGUUCACCUUGCCUGUAAGCUGCGAGAGAACGCGCGAGCGAGGGCCCCUCGCACUCGCGUCUUAUUUCGCGUGUCUUCUCGUGACUCUCCCUAAGUGGAGAGCUCGCUCGCAGGGUAAAGUUCAUCCUAACAACCGACUUAAACCCUGUGUAAGGAGAGAUUUCCCUCCCAUGUAUUCUUUAUUUGCCUCGAAUUAAUAUCUAGCUUUUAAAUAUUCCCCUUGAAGUUGUUUUAGCCGUAGUUUACAUUGAAUUUGCAUUGAGAUGUUUUAGUUCUUUUAAAUUAUACACAUUUCACUUCAAUGUUGACUUUUUUAAAGGAUAAUUAGUUUCUGAAUAAUUAUACAGCUUAGUCACUGAACACUGGUCACUGAAUAAGUGGAUCUUUCGCCUGUUCAAAUACCAACCGUUCGUAGUUUUUAUUUUGUCAUUUUAAGGAACCCUGAACAAAGGAAGCUUGAAUUCUUUUGUACAGCUUUACUGCCGAAUCUUUGUAGUUUCCAAAAUUCAUUUCAUUGACUGACAUUUAAUUUUGAGUCAUUUAGUUUAGCAUAUAAACUUUAAAGCUGAAUUUAUCCAGAUUUGUUUUCAGUUUUCAGCUGAUUUUAUUCAGCCUUCUUUCCAUUUGUCUUGUAAUGUUGUAAGAUCGGUUAGUAUAAAUAGAGCUGUGUUAUCCCUGUUUUUUGAUUUACAUUGCGGAUUUUCAUGGAUGAUUUACACUUUAAUUUGGAUCAGGGGCACCCAACGUCAAUUUUCGGAAAAUAUCUGUUCGGAAGACGAUUUGAGAUCUAGAAUUUUUGGAACAUUUGUUCUAAAAUUUAUUUCUAGCCUGCCUCUCCUAAGAUUUUCGAACAUCUAAAACUGUAUAAUUCAGUGCCCAUUUUUAACGGAUUUUUACCCUAAAAAGGUCACCCAGAAUUUUCGGGAGCCUUUUUUUCUGGCUGAAAUUUUCGAAAAGGUAAGUUUUGAUCUCUAUAAUUUUCGGAUCACUAGACUCUCCGCUAGGAAAUCCGAACAGAUGAAAAAUUUUUAGGGGAUAAAACGUUUAACAAUGCCAUAUUUGAGUGGUUUUGAACUUUAUUCUCGUUGGGUGCCCCUGUUUGGAUGCACAUGCCUGUAUGAUUUACGUUCAAGAGCCGAAGAUUAAACUGUUGAAGUCCAAGUUUGAGUGCUGUCCUGUUUUCCAGUUGUAGUAGAUCCUAGUACCGUGGAACAGUGACGAGUUCCAGUCUUGCUAGCCAAGCGAGUUGUAGAGUUAGUUUUUCCCCUUGUUGUUCAUAAGCCGAAGUCGCUCGAAUUCUCUUAAGGGUUAUUUCCCAAAUUUGUGCUUGGAAGGUCAAAACCUAUCGUCACACCUUUUAGUCCAAAGAUCGACCAACAUAAAUUUUGUCCUAAAAAAAUCAAUACAUGAUCAAAAAGAAAGGUAGCGAGAAUAAAUAAAGAGAUUACCGUGUGGCACGAAAUUUUUGCGAGCUAAUUUUUGCGAUUUUUCCAGCGAUUCGCAAAAAUAACCGCAAAUAAACAUUUUCCCGCCAAAAUUUACCCCAGAGUAAAUAUAGAUCGUUUUCACUGUCACGCAACAAAAAAAUAAACUGGAAACCGUCCAGUAGACGAAGCCAAGCAAAUGAAAUGUUAUAAAAGAGUAAUUUUUAAACAAUUUGUCCAAGUCUGGGGCCUCUGUGGCCCACAUUUUCUGAGUUAUUUGCCGAAACGUGUCACGCACUUUUGUAGAGAUUUGUAUGGAGACGCCAUAUUGGUGCACCGUUUUGGUGCACCAAUAUAUAUGGCCGCCGAAAAUCAACAAAAACACCUGGAGUUCACUUUUUCUAUAAAAGAAAGAGGAGAGACUUUUUUUCAACGAGACAGCAUUCCUAUUUUGGUGUCACGCACUGUGAAAACUAGGAAGUUCAAAUUGCUGUAUUUUCAGUUAGUCGAGUCGAGGCUUUGCAGGACUGAGGGGAAUUCACAUAUUUUAAUAUGCUCACUUUCCCGACAAACGUGAAGGCUGCUUGCGGUCUAGUCUAGAUAAUAGAGAGAUUAAGCAUCGCGUUGACGGCAAACGGCAAACGUGAGAUUCAAAUUGAGAAAUUUUCAAAAUGAGAAAUGAGCAGAUAAAAACAGCUUAAAACAAUUGUUAUGGAGAGAAAUGGCGUUAAUCUACCGCUGUUCGUGCAGUUAUAAUGGACAGUAAACGAUAAGUAAAUGGAAAACUUGGUCACGUGGUACAAAUUCAUGUUUGCCGCAAACGCGAUUUUAAUCUCUCUAAUGUAACUGACACCAUCCGCUUCCCUUGUCGGUAAUACAGGGGUGCUUACCAUUUGACAGAAGAAAAAUCCGUUACGGUUUGAAUCCAAAAACAGGGCGAAUUUUUGUAGCGUGAGUCUGGAAUCGGGAAGAAACCGAGAAAUUGGUUAAUGGUAAGCAACAUUCCGUUUGGUUCGUACCAACCGGAAUGAAAGGACUACCUCGAAACGUACUCCUCAAUUUUCGGUUGGAAUUUCCGAAAAGUGACCUUACCAUUUACCUUCCAUCCAGAAUUUCCGAAAUUUUCUGUCAAAUGGUAAGCACCCCAGAGGUAGGUGUACAGUUACCGUCAGAGUCCACAGACGAAAACUCGUUUUCCUUUGAAAAACUAAAAAUUUGUAUUCUUUUGUUGUUCGCAGGGCUAGCGUGUGUACUUCCCUGAAUGACCAAACCUCCUAGUGUAUGUCGAAACAUCAGCUGAAGCUAACCUCGGCGGAAUGUCUUUCGCGAGGUAGCUGAGGGCUAUGGAUCCAGAGUGCAGUGAAGGGAAUACUUCUUCUUUGUUUUUGAAGAGUGCUGGCCAAUACGAAGGAGACCGCGCUAUGUGUAUAGAGAAACGAGAGCUAAAUGCAAGAGAAAAAACACCUCACCGUGAAUCUACCCUGGGACAGUGUCCCGCAAAGCGUCGCUCUACUGACAAUCAAGAGGAGGUGGCAACGCCCAAACGUAUCAAACAAGAAAUAGAUGAUUCAGGUUUGUACAAAGAAAACCUGCAAAAAAUCGUUUGUGAAGUUGCUGAUUCGCUUGAGCUUGGAAGUGAUAGUUCCGAUCUCUCUAACUCGAAUAAUGAGAAGCAAAACUUUGAGAAAGCAAAUGACAGGCCACUUGAUCAACAUGAUGUUAUAGUUGUGCUUGACGAUGAAGACGAAGACGAAUUGAUUGCAGAAAAUACGAAAGAAACUAGCGAACCUUUUCCUCAUCCAAGUGAUAAGAGGAGAGAAAUAAUGGCUGUUUACUCUGCCAUGAACCAAGUUAAUUAUGAACCCAAAAGGCCAAUUCUAAGAACGCUUAAAGAUUCAGACUCUAGAGGAAGUAACGGUUUUGCUUUUGAUCACAAUUUCUUUCCUAAAUUGAUUGAGGUGCACUCUGCAUCGUCGUCAUCAGCUACUACGACAUCAGUUUCGACACAACAGGAAUCUUCUUGUGACUUGCCACAAAUAAGUGAGUUUUAUUCGCCAUUUGAGAAACAGGACGAGGACAUAACCGGUAGCGGCCCACUAGAGAUAAAUAAGAUUAGUCGCGCAGAUACUAGCGCAGCCUCGUCGCGUAUAGAUUCAAAGCUACUGGACACUCGUCUUGACUCGCCCUGGCGAAAACAGCAUGAUCUUCUGUUUACGUUCAGACAAAAAGAUGGUCAGAGUGAUAUGUUUCUAGUAGUAGAUGGGGAAGUGUUUUCAGUGCGGCGUUACGAGCAUAAAGGAGAGUCGUACCUGAUCCACACGAACAGCAGUGGUAAGACUUCGAUUUUAGCCAGACUCCCAGAAAAGGUGGAGGCAGGGUUCCAGGAAGAAGCAGCAGUCACCAGUCAAAGUGUUUUAAGUGAACAAAGGGAUACCAAAAGAAAUGGUUUACCGAGUGCUUUAGAGCAACCAGGAAACACUUUUUUGCAGCGCGGGCUGGCCUUAAAUCAUUCUAGAACGUCGCCCGUUACCAUUACACCAGUUCUGGUCAGAAAGCACCUGUCUGGAAAUUCUGUUAGGCAACGAAGUUUUCAAAGAAUUCCUAGAGUUACACUAGAGCGGGAAUGUAGCUCAAAGCAUGAUAUGUGUGAACUACCAGCAGCAAGAGUUACACGAAAUGACACCUCAAACUUAGGGAAAGGACAACAAUCACAAGAAGCCGAACGAAGGCAAAGAGACGUAGGUGCAAUCGUAGCGGAGAUGGUAACUCCAGAUCAGCGGCGUUUUCACCCAAUGUCAGGCGUGAUAUCGCAGCCAGUUAGACGUUACGUAAAUGCUAGUGACUCAGUCCAGUCUUCCGCUGCUGUUCAUAACAACGUUUUCUCAACUCAGAGGGAUCCACUUUCCUCAUCCAGUCGCUCGAGAGAUCAUCAGUUGGUUUUUAAGCGAAAACAAGUGGGCAUGGUUGAGAGGAAUUUGCCAAGUGAAGAGCCGAUUGCAGUUACCACAGCGCAGAGAAGAUACAGCAAUGACAUGGCCAGCGACAGAGCCUCCCAAGGUUACACAUACAAAGUAACUAACGAUGAAAGCAGUGACAAGAGAUAUCAUUAUGUUGCUUUAUCAAGAGAGGACAAGCAAAGGAUCAUAAAUAGGACUAAGUUAAUGAACUACAUUGCUCAGCGACUGGCCUCGGGCAAUGAACAGUCGUCAACUAGUGUCUCAGCAAAUAGAGGAUCUGAGGUUGGUAAUGCGAGGCAUGCACACUAUAGAACGACUGUGAAUGGGUCUGUCUCAGGAAGAGUAAACGCUAGUGCUCGUUGUCAAGUAACACCAAAUAUUUAUCAGACAGACACUUGUUCAACAGCAGAUGAUAAUGAAAGACAUCACAGUGGUAGUAGAAAUGUGCCUUCUUUAGUGCGAACAAUGGGAAUCCACAAUGCCGGUCAGUGGAUUCCUGUGUAUCAACUGGAAAGUAAAAACAGUGGGUUGAUAAACACGCAACCUCGUCCUCACGCACAAGGUCGCGUGACAAAUCCAAUGUACGGUGGAUUACAGAUGAAUGAUGGAGCUCGUUCAAGCAAUGGAAUAUUGGAAACCGUUGAUUCUUGGCAGGGACGACCUCAACGACACAUUUCUUUAGUAAACGAUCCUUCGCAAGUAGACAAAGUAUUGACUGGUAUUACUGUUAGUGUUCCAGGCAUACCAACUCCAAAUACCACCGCUUCCACCGUGAACUCGUCGAUACAAAACGUUUCGAGAUCAGCGCCUGUCAUUUCACAAGUUUCCUACGGUGUGAUAAGCCGAUCCAUGGUUGGUGAAAAUGUCACUCCAAAACAAUCUGCAACUGCAUUGGUCAUUGAUCCGGAGCGCUCCAUUUACGUCGAUGCGACUGAUUCGGUUAUAGAUGAAGAGCGUUUUUCAAGUAUUCUGGGUCAGAGAUUGCCUAGGCCGACUGUGAGACAAACCAUGAACGUCAGCACAGUUAAUCAAUCUCAUUCGAGUGAUCUGUCGGAUACUCACUCUAAGUCUUUCUCUAGUUUUCAAAGUUCUAUGCGUCAGAUGUCUGACCAAAGUUCUUUCGCAACUCCAAAACUUGACAAACGGUGUGUUGCUCACAACAUACUUGACCGAAGCACUUUCUCAACUCCAAAGAUUGACAAUCGGAACCAAAGCACUUUCUCGAAUCCAAAAAUUGACAAACGCUGUGUCGCCCACAACACACUAAAAGAUAUAUUUCCAACAACAAACCCACCUAGUAAAAGAACUGGUGUGCUUACACAAAUGAGUGGUCAACAGAAUUCCAGUUAUUCUUCACGAGAAAACAACUUGGACACAGAUGACGUUGUUGAGAUAAUGAUAAACACUUCUGCGAGACAGGGUUCUCAAACUCAGCCGACAAAGGUUCCUGUAGACACCCAUGGUCAGCGGAGACACGCAGUUAAAAAUCUGUCCCAGAGUGCAACAAAUGAUUCUAAGCCGGGUGUUUAUGAUGAUGAUGAUGAUGAUGAUAUCGUUGAGAUUAUAUAUGAAACCCCGAAAAGAGUGCCUAAUGAAAACGCGGCUGAAAGGAAUGGUGAUUCUGAAGUUGUCAGUAAAGAAAGGUCCAAGUCUUGUCCGCAGAUUUGCACUGCCCCGAGCGACAGUGUUGAAAUAGCCAAUCCAACUGCAAAUCAGCGUUCUUACCCCCCAAAAGCAAUUAUUCUGGAGGAAGAAGAAGAUAAAGGAAAGCAGGUCCCCCAGCUACAGGAGUACACAAGUGACUCGACACUGAAAAGACUCUUACAAUCUUACCCAAACGGGCCGAACAGAGCAGAUACCCCAGAAUAUAAGGACAAAGGUGUUGAUGAAAUGGCCGAAGAAACAAAUCCAAACCUGAAUCAUGAUUCGGAUCCCAGUCAAACAGACGGCUGUGAAAUUGCGGAUAAAGAAAAAGAUCAUCUGGAACUAUACAUGUAUAACAAAGCCGAGCUGAAAAACAUACAGCAGCGAGAUGAACUGUUGAAGAAAAUAAAACAUACCGAAGAAAGAGUGGCGCAAGAAACUAUUGAAUGGAAGAAGAAAUAUCUUCAUAGAUUGGAAGUCCAACUAAAGAAAAAGCUGGCGAAACUUCCCAGCGUAACUGAAUUUGCGCUGGGUAAAAAUGAUGACGAAUCAGAGGAAGACAUAACAUGAUACCUUGGAAAUUUCAGUUAAAUACGCCAGUGUUUGAAGGAAUAUUCUCAGUUGUACUGCUUGUUUUCUUUCACGCCGCAACCUAGGUCCGAUAUGUCUAAUUUGGGUCGACGCGUGAAUUAAGCAUAGGAAUCCCACCAUGGAGCGACUUGGUAUCAGACGUCGAACUUUUCGUGUGCCGAAUCUAAUGCGUGAAUUAUUUUAAUUUAUUUUAAUUGGUAAGCCUUGUAGACCAUUGUACAUCGUGAAAAUGAAUUUAGUCCGACGUAUUGCCCGUCUGCAUCAACCGUCGAGAUCGGCCAAAUAAGAAAUAAGUUCGGUACAUGAAAAGUCAGUCGACGUUUGAACUAAGUCGAACUUUUCUUGGUUGUAGAACAAGAGUUUGAUUUUUCUUUGACCUUGAUUUGAGUCCCAUAUAACAUGAUAUAAAAACAGCGAAUGGAGAUCCCUUUGAGAAUGAGGAUUCAAAAAAGCUAAGAAAGCGGGAAACAUAUCUUGGUUGAGGACACCCUUUGUUUCAUAAUAUUUAAUCAUGGGGACCUUGAAAACAUAUUUUUAAAAAAACAAACAAAACUGCAAACAAACAAACAGAAAACGAACAAAAACCUAAAAGGUCUGAAAGUCACAUUUAACCUUGUAAAAGAAUCACAUCGAUCAAGGGGCAUAAGAGAAGAAAGUUCACAGAUCAGUUUUGAAAAUUCGUAUUUUUGUUUUAAGAAUGUAAAAACGUUAUAGUUCCGGUGUGCAGUCACCCAGGUGGUGAAAUAAUAGUAAUAUAAUACUUUUGAGUGAAGUUUUUGAGAGUUACCUGGACAUCAUGUCUUUACUAGUAAGUGAGAGAUUGGAUUUUCGGAAUAAAGCAGUCGGAAACGUGGC